AUGGUCAAGUUGGUACCAGUGCGGACUGGGCACCAGGACAACGCCCAUGGCGUUCCUACCUACUGGUCCAAGAGUGGCCACACACUCCAGAAAUACAUCACGGCCCUAGCGACGACCGACUUCUUGCUCUUCGGUUACGAUCAGGGUGUCAUGGCCGGUAUCAUUUCGUCUCCUGCCUUUGUGUCUGAUUUCCCCGAGACCGACGGUGACAGCACCUGGCAAGGUUUUGUCACCUCCAUCUACGCUGUCGGUUGCUUCUUUGGCGCUCUGUUCACUCUCAUGUAUGGUGACCGUCUUGGUCGAAGAUACUCCAUCUUCCUCGGUGCCUCUGUCAUGAUUAUCGGUGUGAUUAUUCAGAUCUGCUCCGUUCCCCCUGGAUAUGGCGCUACAGCACAGUUCAUCAUUGGACGAUGCAUCACAGGAAUUGGUAAUGGUAUCAACACAUCCACUGUUCCCACGUAUCAGGCCGAAUGUUCUGCUGCACACAACCGUGGCAAGCUCAUUUGUAUCGAAGGUGGAAACGUCGCCGUCGGUACCUUGAUUGCCUACUGGAUUGACUACGGCUGUACCUAUGGACCCCACCCCUUUGUCUGGCGAUUCCCCAUCGCUUUCCAGAUUGCCUUCGCCGUGGUGAUUCUCGUCCUCAUGCUGCGACUUCCCGAGUCCCCACGAUGGCUUCUCUCCCAUGGCCGUGAAGAAGAGGCCAAUACGGUACUUGCUGCCCUUGCCGACAAGCGACGUGAGCACGAAGAGGUCCAGACCCAGAUCACGGUCAUCAACGACGCCAUCCGUGCCGCUGGUAUGCGCAGCGGUAACACUUCCAUGAAGGAGCUCUUCACCAACGGCAAGACCCAGCACUUGCGCCGUCUCCUCCUAGGUGCCGGUUCCCAAAUGAUGCAGCAGCUGUCUGGUUGCAACGCCGUCAUCUACUACUUCCCCAUUCUUUUCCAGACCUCGAUUGGAACUUCCGAGAACUUGGCGCUUCUGCUCGGUGGUGUCAACAUGGUUGUCUACGCCCUCUUUGCUUGCACCUCCUGGUACGCCGUCGAACGCCUCGGUCGCCGCAAGCUCUUCUUCAUUGGUACCAUCGGACAAUGCUUGUCCAUGGUUCUCGUUUUCGGCGCUCUGAUUCCCGACACGACCUCUGCUGCCAAGGGCGCAGGUGUUGGUCUCUUUACCUACAUUGCCUUCUUUGGUGCCACCUGGCUGCCUCUUCCCUGGUUGUACCCCGCCGAGAUCAACCCCCUCAAGACCCGCGCGAAGGCCAACGCCACCUCGACUGUGUCCAACUGGAUCUGGAACUUCUUCAUUGUUAUGAUUACUCCCGUCCUGGUCGACUCCAUUGGCUGGGGCACUUAUUUGUUCUUUGCCGCGCUCAACGCCAUCUUCUUGCCCAUCCUGUACUUCUACUACCCUGAGACGGCUGGUCGUUCCCUCGAGGAGAUCGAUGUCAUCUUUGCCAAAGGCCACGACGAGAACAUUAGCUACGUCAAGGCCGCCAAGAUGUUGCCCAAGCUUGACGCUCAACAGGUUCGCGACUACGCUCGCAAGUACGGUGUUGAGAAUGAGGUUUCCGAGGAGGAUGACCUCGAGUCGUCCCCUCGCAUCUCCCGCGAGAAGGAUGAAGUCGACAACCGCGAGAACGCUGGUGUCUUGUCUUGA